GAGGCCUUUCUUGCUCCCCGCAGGCCCCUCUAGUCUGACCGAUCCAUCGACCCCCCUGAUCGGCCCUGCCCUCCCCGACAUGCUUAAGCCAGAGCUGGAGCCACGAGGGGGCUUCUCCUUCGAGAAUUGCCAGAGAAACGCAUCAUUGGAACGCGUCCUCCCGGGGCUCAAGGUCCCUCAUGCACGCAAGACCGGGACCACCAUCGCGGGCCUUGUAUUCCGAGACGGGGUCAUUCUGGGCGCGGAUACGCGGGCCACUAACGAUUCGGUCGUGGCGGACAAGAACUGCGAGAAGAUCCACUUCGUCGCCCCCAAAAUCUACUGCUGUGGGGCUGGCGUGGCCGCGGACGCUGAGAUGACCACACGGAUGGUGGCAUCCAACAUGGAGCUGCACGCGCUGUCCACGGGCCGUGAGCCCCGCGUGGCCACGGUCACCCGCAUCCUGCGCCAGACGCUCUUCCGGUACCAGGGCCACGUGGGUGCCUCGCUGAUCGUGGGUGGUGUAGACCUGGCCGGACCGCAACUCUACAGCGUGCGCCCCCACGGCUCCUACAGCCGUCAGCCCUUCAUCGCUCUGGGCUCCGGCCAGGAUGCGGCCGUGGCGGUGCUCGAGGACCGGUUCCAGCCAAACAUGACGCUGGAGGCUGCGCAGGGGCUGCUGGUGGAAGCCAUCACCGCAGGGAUCCUGAGUGACCUGGGCUCUGGGGGCAGCGUGGAUGCAUGUGUGAUCACCGCGACUGGCGCCAAAUUGCAGCGGACGCUGAGCUCACCCACAGAGCCCGUGAAGAGGCCCAGCCUCUACCGCUUUGUGCCUGGAACCACAGCUGUCCUGACUCAGGCAGUGAAGCCACUAAACCUGGAGCUACUGGAGGAAACCGUGCAAACUAUGGAGGUGGAGUAAAGUAGGCUGAGGCUCAGAGCUUGGAACGAGGGGGAAUAAACCCAGAAAAUACAAACACCUAAACAGA